CUUUUGGGCACAAUAUACUCAGACUACAGCAGGCCCAGUACAGCUCCUUCAGUCCUUCAGACAGAUUUACGGACCCUAGUUGUACAACACGAAUACUUCCCAGGGCACAGGAACAACAGAUGGACCGUCACCCCUCCUCUAUCCUUGGCAUGUUAACAGUAUAAAGCUCAAAGUUUGUGGCUUAGGCUAGUCAUUUGCUAGUGGAGAAUAAGAACACCAUAGAAGAAAACCAAACCAGUCAAAUUAACUGAAGAACUGCUACUAGAUUCAAUGAUGAAGACGCAAACUCAGGACAAACCAACAAAACAUCAGGAGCACCUAAAGAGACAAAGAGACAUUCUGGCUUUCAGAAUGAAGAAGCUGUCAUCAAAACAAUCCGACUUCAGUAGGAAGGCUGCGGCUCAGAAAGAGAAGAUUAAGAAAAAAUAUGAUGACAUGAAAAGGGUUUUGGAUGAGGAUCUGAGAAUUACACUGAGCCAGUUGGAUAUUGAGUCAGAGGCCAUGGAGAGAACUGUUGAGGACAGUAUUGAGAAGUGCUACCACCUCACGCAAGAAAUCGAUCAACAGCUCACUGAACUGUCUGCGCAGAUGGAAAAAGAUCAACUUCAGGUUCAAGAGAAGAUGUCAGAGAUAGAGGAAAGGAUAAUAGAGACUCUGAAGAAAACAGAUCCAGAGUUAAUACAGAUGGAUGAGUUUAAGAAUGAACAACUGCUCAGUCUAUCCAUCAACCUGCUGCUGUUCAUACGCUCUCAGGUUCCCGUCACCAAGAAACUCUUCCAAAGCUACGCCCAAGAAGUUGUUCUGGAUCCUGACUCUGCUCACCCGAAGCUUAUUAUUUCCCCUGAGGGCGACUCAGUCACUUACACCGAUACCUGGCAGGAUAUUUCUGAAAACCCUUCUAGAUUUGACACCACGCUGAAUGUGAUUAGUAGGAAGGGCUUCACGGAUGUUCGCAACUACUGGGAGGUGCAGGUUACUGGUAAGACAUAUUGGGAGCUAGGGCUCACAUACCCCAACAUCCCUAGGAAGGGCAGGGAGGAGGACUGCUGGUUGGGCCGGGGCCCGACGUCCUGGUGCAUUGAAUAUUUCAAUGGAAACUACACAGCCUGGCACAAUGGCGUUCCCCAUGAGCUCACCCAUGUAAGUGAGAGAACUUUUCAGCGCAUUGGCAUCUUCUCCAGCUCUGAAGGAGGUUUGGUUUGUUUCCUGGGGGCUGACACUAUGACACCCCUGUACAGUUUUUGUGCAGGAACCUUCACAGACUCACUCUACCAGGCUGUCUGUCCUGGUCACGACAACCAGGAGACCAACAGGAAACCACUGCUUAUUUGCGAUGCCUCGAAAUCUGCCCCCAUCUUAUGAUGGAAACCAAUGACUGAUGGUUGGGGUCUUAUUUGUUUAUUCAGUCCCAAAUAAUAUAUAUAUCAGUUUCCAUAAAUAUAAUAAGCACCACAACUGUAUUCAACAUUAGUAAUAGUAAGAAUUUUUCUUGAGCAUCCAAUCAGAAUGAUUUCUGUAGGACAUUGAUGACUGGAAUAAUGGCUGCUGAAAAUGUUGCCAUCACAGGCAUGAAUUACAUUUUUAAAUAUAUGUACAUAUAAAAUAACUAUGUUUUAAAACACAUUUAAACAUCUGAACAGUAGUCUGUAACUACUUUGAAAUAUUAAUUAAAAAAAGACAGAUUUCAAUAAAGUCUUUUAAUACAAUAAAAUAAGGCUUACAAAUGCAUUCAUUUGAAUUAAAGUAAUUUAAACAAAAAUCAGCCCCACUUUAUACAAUGUGAUGUUGACAAUGUAAACAAUU